GAACACGUUCGUGCCCUGGAAUGGUAUAAAUAUCAAACAAACAACAAUACCCUUUAUGAUUCAUAUUAUCGUAAUAAGACACGAAUGUCAUCAAAUGACUUGGGAUGGCGUAUAACUAAUCCGAAAUUAUACUUAUUCACGUUCUAG